ACUUUGAUAACAUAGUGAAGCGUCUGGCACAGAAGGGUCUCAGUAUCAUACAGAUAUAAACUCCGUGCAGCUUGUGCUAAGAUGCCGAGGUCUUUCCUAGUGGAUUCCUUGAUUCUCAGAGAAGCGAAUGACAAGGGCAAUGAAAACACCCCGCCGCUCUUUCCGUACGCGGUGCACCCAUCGCAUCCUCUGCACGGGCUCUCUUCAGGUUCCUGCCACUCCCGAAAAUCCGGCCUUCUGUGCGUGUGUCCACUGUGCGUUACGGCCUCCCAGCUUCAUCCUUCGCCACCAGCUUUACCUUUACUUAAAGCGUCGUUCCCAACAUUUGGCUCUCAGUAUUGCCACUCUGCUCUUGCAAGGCAACACACAACGUCAACAGGAGUGAACAUUAGCCACGGACCAGGUAUCUACCAAGCAGCAUAUCCCGUACCAGACCCGAGACAGUUUCACUGCAUUUCUAUUGAAAGCAACUCGAGUCAGUUGCAGAGCAGUAAGCGGAUGCGCACGGCGUUCACCAGCACGCAGCUUCUGGAGCUUGAGAGGGAGUUCUCCACCAACAUGUACCUUUCCAGAUUACGGCGCAUCGAAAUUGCCACCUAUCUGAAUCUGUCAGAAAAACAGGUGAAAAUAUGGUUCCAGAAUCGCAGAGUGAAACACAAGAAAGAAGGCAAAAGUAGCUCACACAGAGCAGGGCCGCAUGGCUGCAAAUGCUCAUCGCUGUCAUCGGCAAGGUGUUCAGAAGAAGAGGAGGACCUUGAAAUGUCACCUUCAUCUUCAGGCAAGGAUGACAGGGACCUUUCGGUAACCCCGUAACUGUGAACUCUCCACAUUAAUGCAGCAUCAAAGACUCUGGGCACGGGACAGGAAAUAAAUACUACAGCCAAACUACUACUGCAAAACCCGAAGAAACAUAACGGAAAUUUUAUGAUCUGUAAAUGAAUAUACAGACUUGAGUCAAUUGUAAGAAGCUGAUAACUGUAAAAAUGCAACUUGUUCAAAAGAUGUAUAAAUGUAUAUAGGCGUAUAUAUAAAUAUAUACAUAUAUAUUUACACACACUGGUGUGUUUUUGUUGUAUACGUUCUUGUUUUUUUGGGUCUUCUGAAAAUCUCUGCCAAGAGCUGCCUGUCAAAAGAUUUCCAAUGAGAUCGCCAAAAGGUGGUCAGAUAAAGUACGUUGUAUAUAUCUUGGAAAUGUUGCCGUUAUAUUUUUGAGAAGAACAGUCAAGUAUUUUGUAUCAAUAUUGACUGCUGUUUAGCUUUACAUAAAGUUAUUUUUUAGCUUCUCCUUUGUUGGAGAUAUGUAAUGACGGGGCAUUUCCUUUUUUUUUUACUGUAAAAUAUAUUCAAAAUGAUGUAAACUGUUAAUUUUUCAUUGUUUCCUAAAGACAUAGUUUGUGUAACUGUAUUGUCAAUGUAAUUGAAGAUAUUUAUUUAUUUAUUUAAAGAAAUAAAAAGAAAACAUUUCCUACCA